UCAGGCCUGAUGUGCGACAUAAUCACCUUGACAAAUAGGAAGUGAGAAGCACUUUUCUAACUGAGAGCGACGGAGCAGUUUCAGAUCAGAGCUGUGCUGGUCACACCGCUCUGUCUGUGAUUCUGGACCUGAUCAUGGAUCUGCUUUGGAGGAUCCUGCCUGUGUUUCUGGUCUGUGCAGAGGCUCAGAAUGUGACGGAGGUCCAUGUGAAACUGGGUCAAAAUGUCACCUUGACCUGCUCAGGGAAGCUUCAGAGCACCUACUGGUACGUCGAGGUCUACGGUCAACUGAACGGGUGCAUCGGCCGCACUUACUCUGAAAACUUUGAACCCAGCUACUACUACAACUCUCCCACGUUUAAAACCAAAUAUUGGCUCCUGAGGACGGAGCUAGUGGUCACAGACAUCACAGCAGAGGACAGCAGGCUUUACUUCUGUGCCAAGAGGACAAACGACAGCAUUGUUUAUGUGGACGCUUUCCGCCUCGUCUUAGAUCUCCCUACACCUCCGUCCACCAACGACUCAGAACCAAAGCCCCAGCAGGAGCAGCAGCCCUGGCUGAUGAGGUGUGAGCUGCUCACAUACGGCUCACUCACCCUGAACAUCUUCCUCACCCUCACACUAACAGGUUGGGUCUGUACGUCACUGUGUCUGAAGAGGAAGAGCAGGACCCUGCAGGUGAAUCAGCCUUCACCUGACACGUACUGUGUCCCAGAGGAGCUGGAGACACCACAGUAUGAGGAGAUCAGUCUCUCCCCCUCCAGAGCUCCUCCACCUGCUGCUCCUUCAGAAUGUAUCUACCACAAAGCUCAGCUUCCUGGCAACAUGCUGCCUCAGCGCUGACCGAGCCCGGACACCUGGACACUUGGACACCUGGACAACAGGAUGUGGACACUCAUGGAUCUGGACUGUUGUGUGACUUUUCUGGUAAAAGCACAAUAGUCUAAAUCACAGAAAAGUGAUGAGUAUUUAAUGAAGAGUGUUUCAGAAAAGUUUUACAGUCUGUCCUCAGGGGGACUCAGCUGCGGCCGGGUCAGGAACAGGGAUAAGGUGGGUUCAUAUUUAAGGUGGUUCAGCCAAAAACCCUCUUAAUGAUGUGACUGUAGUGUUUUUUUUAAUUGAUGAAAACCAGCAUCAGGAGACAUUAGUGGUGGACUCGUGUUAGGACUGGUGUGACCUGUCGGAUCACAAGAUGUUCUUGUGAUCUUUUUAAACGUGGACAUGUCCUCAGAUCUGUCUCAGUCUUGAAUUAUCUUGUUUACAGUAAAAUACUUCCUGUUGCUGUAAGUGCUCAGGUUCCGACUUCCAAAUCUUCCAGACCUUGGUGUAAAAGAACAAGUGAAGGUGCAGAGACGGACACAAAAACAAGUGACUGAGCCCUGUAGGACGUCUCUCAGCUCCGUCCAAAUACUUGGUAUGAAGUUCCCUUGUCUUAUGACUUUUAUCUCAGUUCCCUAAAGUUUUCAAAUCCACUGUUUUGUAGACCGGUUUCUGUUUUUGAAGGGAAAUUCAUAGAUUGCAUUUUCUCUCAAAAUAACUCUCCAAGCAAGAGUCACUUUUAAAACGCUCUCACUUUAGCAGCUGUUCCACUGUUUCACAGCACAUUUAGAUAAAUAACCUGCACGAGCCCGAUGCCUUUUAGAAUGUGAAACAGACAACAGAUAGUGGGAAGGUUUGGAGGUGUGAUCUUGCGGAGGUGUAAACAGCAUCUGUGCAGAUUCACAUUCAUAAGAAACAGCUGCACCCAUGCAACUUAACAGCAAAGUUCCCACCUCUCCUACAUGGCAAUGUGAUUUUUCAGUGUGGUCUGAGCAAAUGGAAACACAGAUGGAUCUUAUCCAUCGAAAACACUUUGCCUCCACGUGUCAGUGCUCUGAUCUUUGCGUGUUUUCAUCUCUUAUUUAUUUCCGCGGACCAUCAUGCAGCACUGCAGGUGCAGGGGUCCUGCAUGGCUGCAUGGUGCUGCCUGAUAAACUGCCUGUGGCAGCAGCAGAAACAUUUUUUUCAUUGACGUUCGAAAGCUCCAGGACAGCUGUUGGGCUGCAGCCUUACCUUUUACCUUGACUGAAUAAGUGAAGCAAACCAACAUCCUAAAACUGUGCCGGUGCGACAGCAUGAGGCUGUAGUUUUCUUAGACGUGUAUAAAGCGGACUGAUGUUGGUGACAGUGUGCUCUAAUAUCAGAGUCAGAACAAAUAAACAGCUUAUUUGUAUUUUUGGUUGACGAGAUGCUUCGAACUGAAUUCGAGAAACUUUUUUAUCUGCAGCACGAGUGUUUCUUCGAUGUGUAGAAGUCUUCAGGGGAAAAAGCAGUUUGCUGAAACCACAUCCUCCCUGCAGACUUCACACCUCCUCUGAUGGGAAAAUUAUGAGACGAAAGGUGCACAGACCUUCUUCCAUGUGACCAGCUCAGAGUUGGCAGUAAAUAGCAUGUUUAUGUUGUUUUUCAUGUAUGUUUAAUUAUCCAAUGCUUGAUUGUGAGUUCAUGUGAGGUUUAAAGGCCUCGGUCUUUAAAA